UUUUCAUCUUAUUCCACAAAAUUCUCUUCAUUAUCUCACUCCUCCAUAGCCUGCACCACCCCCAAAUAAAUAAAUAAAAACCUACCUUAUAAAGAUCAUAGCUUCAAGAAUCUGUAAAAUUUGUGUAAUUUGGUCACUAAAGAUUGUUUUUUGAGAGAUUUUGGAGCUAAGUUUUUUAUAAAUUAAUUUAUCAAAGGGAAGUGGUAGGUAUGGAUGCUGAUUCAUGGAGUGCUCGUCUCUCUUCAGCUUCUAAGAGAUAUCAAACUGUGCUUCAAUCGCGAUCUGAUAUGUUUAUGGGGUUUGAAGACAUUGACGGAGAUGAUGAUAUAAGGGAGGAGUUUCCAUGCCCGUUUUGUUCAGAAUAUUUUGAUAUUGUUGGGUUGUGCUGCCAUAUUGAUGAUGAACAUCCUGUAGAGGCAAAAAAUGGGGUUUGUCCAGUUUGUGCCAUGAGGGUAGGAGUCGAUAUGGUUGCACACAUAACCUUACAACAUGGAAAUAUAUUUAAGAUGCAGCGUAAGAGGAAAUUGCGUAAAGGUGGACAUCAUUCAACGCUAACUUUAUUAAGGAAAGAGCUGAGAGAAGGAAAUCUACAGUCUCUUUUUGGGGGUGCUUCCUGUAUAGUUAACUCAUCCAAUGCAGCACCUGAUCCAUUGUUGUCUUCGUUCAUUUUGCCGAUGGCUGAUGAUUUUACAAAUGCUCAGCCUUCAUUUUCAAAUGAAACAAGCUCAAUCAAGAAAAUCUCGAAUGAAAAUGUUUCAGAACGAAAAACGAAGUCAGCUCCGCUGUCGAUUAAAGAUCAGGAAGAGAAGGCAAGGAGGAGUGAGUUUGUGCAAGGGCUGUUGUUGUCUGCAAUUGAUGAUGAGAUCUUAUAAAGAGAAUUGGUGCAGUUAUAAGAGUCCAAUUCACAACUAAGAGGCCUGCAUGCAAGCUAUGGUUUGUAGUGAAAUUGCCAAUAUAUAUGUGAAGGCAAGGGUGUUGAAAUAAGGUGUAGGAAUGAAUGAGUGUAAGCUUAUGUUGUAUUUGGACUUUAGUUGUUCAUCCUGAAUACACUUUCUAUUUUCAGGUCUAUCAAUAAAUCUAAAUCCAAUAUAUAUAAUAUAUUAUUUAUAUCCUUAA